GCGUUUGCUGACAGGCACCGGCUUGCUCGCAUCGUCUUCCCGUGAGCGCGAUGAACUCCGCUCACGAGCAGGAAACGGGGUCAAUGACUUCAGCCCCCCGGGGGCUGCGUCUGAAGCCGUGGAUUAUGAGCCCUCGGUUGAUGAUGAAAAUGCGUGGUAUGAUCGUGUUCGUCUUCAUGAGGGAUUUUCUGCGAGGGACUUUGGUGCAGCUCUGGAUGAUACUGAAUCUGCCCCUGGUUCGUCGAUCUUGGAAGGCUGGCAGCUGAAUCCUCUUUCAAAAGGAUGCGAAUCGAGAGGCCUCGGCAAGGAUGAAAGGAAUUAUGCCUUGAAGAAGCUCAAGGCGAUGGUGCUUUUGGACCCCGCGGCAUCGGGCCUAGGGCUCAGCCUGGUCAAGCAGUCGGGAGCAUUAGAGGCUGACGAAGUUGUGUCGGCGAGCUUCUGCGAUGCUUUUAGUGCAAAGGCUGCGGGAACACUUACCAAGCGAGCUUCGUCAUUGCAGAGAUUGGUUUUGCAACUGUACAAUCAGGGAGUGGAGUCUCCCUGGCGCAUGUCUGAAGCUGAUCUGUAUAAUGCAUUGACGGCGCUAAGGGAUAAUGGGUGUGGGGCUACAGCACCGGCCCAUAUCCUUGAGAGUCUUCGAUUUUUACAUGGUAUUGUACGUUUUCAGUGCAUUGACCUGGAGGCAGUUAUUUCAGCUCGCUGCAAAGGCUUGGCUCAUUCGAGCUUCCUUGGCAAGGCGCCGUUGAAGCAGCGGGACCCUCUGUCUUGCAGUCAGGUUAAAGCGUUGGAGGGCAUAAUGGUCAAAGUUGGGGCUGUGGAGCAGUGCAUCUUGGGCCAGGUUCUCUUCUGUGUGCAUGCUGUUUGCAGAUGGAAGGAUGCUCAGCGUAUCAGAUCUUUGGAGUUGCUGGGUUCAGGUGAGAGCCAGGUUUUAUUUGGUGAUGCGCUGGGCAGCAAGACAGCCUUGAGCAAGGAGGCCAAGACGAAGUUCACUCCAUAUGCAGCUUUAGCGCAGGGCCUCACUGAAUGUUAUGCUCUCCCUACGCGGUCAUUGCGCCUCGAUGCUUGGGGUUCGACACCGAUGGGAGCUGCAGAGGCUUCGGCUUGGAUUCAGGAGUGGUUGGCAAAUGAGGGUCCCGGGGCUAAGCAAGGUUCUGGCUCUCUACAGGACAAUCAGGUCGCGGCCGAGCAGUUCAACGCCUCGGACGAGGAUUCGGCUGAGUCUGAGGCGGAUGGGGAAGAGCGAUACUCUAAGUCCCUGGGCACCUUGGGAGGAGGUGCCCGAGAGGGGGAAACAACCAAGAGGAUUGUGCAUGUCAAGGUGAACAUUGCAAGCAAAAUUUCAAGUUUUAACUUCAUGAAGGUUGGCUUAACUGAAGAGACCUUGCAGGGUCUCUUGGCGCGUCAGGAGAAAUCUUUAGGUGGCUUGGUGUUCACGCCCGAGACUCGCCCGGCCAACUCGUGUGUGGACCUUUGCGUUGAAAUGCUUGAGACCGGGGUUCUUCAGUACCAUGUACCUAGCAAGUGGAUAAGUAGGGCGCAGGAAGCACAGUGCUUGAAGCGUGACAGCAGCAUCAACAUUGAUUCUGACAACAACUUGAAGAUUGCAACCAAGGCGACCGAUUUGUCUUGUGAUGUUUCUUCCGAGAUGCGUUUGAGGCAGGCCUGGAGUCGGAGAUCGCUUGCUUUCGACCUUGCUAAUCUGGCCAGCUUCAAGGUUAUGGAAGAGCAUGUGCAAUUCCUGUUUUCUGUUUUGCAGCGAACGCAACCCAAGGGUUUCAUGAGCAUCCAGCUGUCGCAAAUCAUCGAAGCUGACAAGCAGAUGUUCAUUUUGGCAAGCAACAACCUGAUGGGGAGGCUUACGGCUUCGGCAGGUGCGGCACCGGCCCUUGACAGUGAAAUAACUCGUUUGUCCCGAAGCCCUGACAUCAUGCAAUAUUUGGCCCCUUUGCAAACUCCUCCUACGGUUCAACAGCCGUGGAAGCCUGAUGGAAAAGGGGGCCGGAAAGGUAAGGACAAGGACGGCAAGGGCAACAAGGGUGCAGCGCGUACCCCUCUGGAGUUGCCGGAGGGUUGUGUGACUAAGGAUGAUUCGAACCAGCCGCUUUGCUUCGCUUUCAACACGCAUGGCUGCAAGAAUCAGUGUAAGAAGGGCAGGUGCAUGAAGGGCUUCCACAAGUGCUGGAAGAAAGGUUGCGCCGACCUCUGGGGGAGUGCUGCUAGGCAGACCUUGCAACCCUCUUUGAAAUGCUCCCAGAACGGGAGAUUCGGAGAGGAGGGUGGACUUUGGAUUGAGGGUGCAGGCAGCGACGUUCGUGUGUGCAACGGUGCCGAACUGAGUGGUUGUGUGCACGAGCUUGGCAGCGAGCCUUUAAUAUUUGAUGCAUACUCACGAUACCACCAGACUGAGCCGUGGACAGGACAUAGACUUGUGCUUGUAACUUGGGUGGUGCAACAGCUCGCCACCUUUGACAAAGGUGAUGUUGCCUCAGCCCAGCAUUUGGGCUUUGUGCUGCCCCCUGAAGUUCCUAGUGCGUUGCAAACUUCUGAAGCUUCCUCGAAGCCUCCGGUUGUUCUGGAGCUGUUUGCAGGCAAGGGUGCUUUGUCCCGAGCGCUGAGGCAGCUAGGCUUUGAGGUGCACAGCUUUGAUCAUCAUCAUUGUGAUGCCCAAGUGCCCAUGCUGCAACUUGACCUGGCGAGUGACAGCGGACAGGCGUGGUUCUGGGAUUUCUUGGCAAAGCAUCGGCCUUUUGCAAUCCACAUGGGAGUGCCGUGUGGAACCAGCAGCAAGGCCAAGGGCCUGAGCUUCUUGUCAGGUCUGUCUGAAGUUACCUUUGAUCAGGCCUUUUGCCCCGGCAAUCACAUGCACAAACCUUGGGGACAACUCAUUGAAUACGGCAGUGUCCGCUUUGCCACGCGCGAUGAAGCGGCGUACCCAGCCAUUUUGGCCGGGAGGGGGACCACCUCGGAGGCAGUAAAUCCUUGCGGCCAGCCGGAGUCUGUUGCGGAUCGGAACUUUGAUGACUUUGUUCAGGAUCCCAAAUUGAUUUCCCUCAAGAGAAACCUGGCCAUUGCAAAAGUAAAGCAGGAAGUUUCUCGCCACCGAGACAAGGAGCUGCAGCUGCACAGUUCAAUGCAUCCAGCAGUUGACAAGGUGAUGAAGGGCAAGAACAUUCUUGCUUUGGAGUCUCUUUUGCAGGCUGAGGGCUAUGACGACAUGGGCGCCAUUGCUUUUCUCAAGGAAGGGGUCCGUUUGGUGGGCACGUCUGAGUGCCCUGAGUGCUUCGACCGCAAACUCGUACCUGCCCAACUCACCGAGGGUGAACUCUUUGAGACGGCUGCAGAAAGGCGCGAGGCUUUGUUGCAGAAGUUUGAAAAGGUUGAACCUCGAGAAGCUGAAGCUCUGAAAGAGGCCACCGAUGGCGAGGUGGCUCAUGGUUUUCUUGAGGGCCCAUACUACGAUAAAAGUGAAGUGUCAGCCAAACUGGGAACCGAUCAAUGGACCAUUAUAAGAAGAUUUGUCCUUUUCCAAGGAGCUGAACAAAAGGCUCGGCCAAUUGACAAUUGCUUGGAAUCGCAGCUGAAUGCAGGGUACUCUGCUAGCAUCCACUUGCGUCUGCAGGACUCUGACUACAUUGCAUCGAUGGCUCUACAUGUUGCAAAGGCGAUCAGCGAGGGCCGAGCACAUUCCAAGGCGGUACAUUGGAGGGGCAAGUGCUUGGAUUUGAGCAAGGCUUACAAGCAAUUGGCGGUGUAUCCUCAGCGUCGUCCUCUGGCAGUCAUUGCAGUGCGAGGGGCUGAUGGGCGAGAUGCGCUUUACCUGUCCAACAGCUUGAUGUUUGGGAGCACAGCAGCGGUUUAUGCGUUUAAUCGCAUAAGCCGCUGCAUUUGGUUCUUGAUCAACCGUCUGCUGUGGAUACCCGCUGGAGUCUUUUAUGAUGACUUUCCUCUUUUGAGUCCAGCAGAAAGUUCUGACAAUGCCGAUGCGGUUGUCAGUGCAUUUUUGGAUGAGUUGGGAUGGCUCCAUGCGAAAACCGGGGCAAAGGGCAAGCCCUUUGCCGAGGAGUUUGAUGUUCUGGGGAUGUCGUUGCAGCUUUCGAGCUUGGGUCAAGGCAAAGUUGUUUUGGCCAACAAGCAAGGACGGAUUGAAAGGAUCAUAGAGCGCAUGCAAGAGAUUGCGGCCAAGGGCGAGAUUCGACGACACGAAGCGCAGGUCCUGCAAGGCUUGCUUCAGUAUGCAUCUGGCUUUUACUCUGGGCGAGCUUUGAAACACGCUUCGCAUGUUUUGGCCAAGAUCUCCAGCGGUUUACAUUUUGGACCCAAGGACCUCAGCGACUUCUGUAUGCAUACGGUAAGCCUUCUGCGUGAUGAGUCACCGCGCAUCUUGAGCAGCUCCAUGAUUCCGGAUGUUGUGCAUCUGUGGACAGAUGGAGCUUGGGAAUCUGGUAUCGCAGGUGUGGGAGUAGCUGUUCACGACUGCUUUGCAGGCAUGGGCUGGGUCUAUGAGGGCCAGGUGCCUGCUAAGGUCCUCGACAAGUGGAGAACUGAGGUGGGCGAGCAGCUCAUUUGUGAAAUUGAGAUGUUUGCAGUCCUUGCAACGAUGCUUGAGCUCAACUCCUUUCUGUCUACCAGACGCGUGAUAUGGUGGAUAGAUAAUGAUGCUACCAGAGCAGUCAUCAUAAAGGGAGCCAGUCGAAGCUGGGCUAUGCAUGAGCUCGCUCGUUUGUUUUCUGAACUUGACAGUCAAUACCCAUCUAUGUGGUGGGUGUGCCGAGUGCCCUCGUUCUCGAAUCCUGGAGAUGCGCCGUCCAGAGGUCAUGGCAGCGAGGCCAUGGCGGCGGUGGGAGCAUCAAAGGUUCAGAGAUUCAGCAGGCUAGAUGAGUUGUCUGAGUGUCUCUGCGCCUUCAAGAGAGCCUCAGUGAUCAGGGGCGUCGGGGCUUCUUGA